AUGCCUCGACCCACAUCUUUGUCGUUAGCUGUGCCACCAGGCACCUCCGCAGUCAGCAGCACUGUCACAUCUCCAACAGAUGAUGGAAGUGGCAUGUCGUCCCCAGUCAGCACCAAUCCCAAUCAUACAAUACCUGGUGGUGCAUCCCGACACCACAAAACGAGUAAGAGCGUACCACAUAACGGUUCUGGGAGGAGCUCCCCUCGAGAACAGCCUUCUUCACCAGACAUCACGUCCUUGCCACCUUUUCCGCCAUCUCCGCAAAUUACUCCUAAGCAUGGAAAAGAAUCUUCCAAGGGCUUCUUGUCAAGUCUGAAAAACACCAAAGUGUCCAACAGAGGCCCACCAAUCGAGUCCACCGUCCGUCAAGUAUCAGAAGAUACACCUAGAGCGCAGUCACGUCAACAGCAGCAAAAGUUGUACUCCCUGAAGAAGGCAUCCGGCUCCACACCGGACUUGAGCUUAUCAUCCUUUGAUGUCCAUGUGGAUGAUAAUCGUGCAGGUCUUACAAGUGAGCGAUCGAAACGACCGAUCGGUGCAUCAGUGGGAGGCGAGACUAUAGCCAACCCGAGCCCGACUGAGCCUUCAUUCUCUCGGAAACCAAAGCCAAGAUUCACUAAUCUUAUCAAACGUACACAAUCGAUACGCACAGACAACGACGGGAGACGAUCAAAGCCAACGACACCAGUCAGCGGAACAGGGCCCGGUCGGCAUGGUCAAUUGGCACCCAAUGACAGCGAUGAAACAAGCCGAGCGCCUCAAACUGCACCACUACAUCCAGACCGAUCUCUACAGGCUAUGAUGGGCUCUAACAUUCGAGGUCGUUCAACUGACCGGCCUUCGUCCAAUCACAGCUCUGAUCACGGUUCUUCGAGACAGGGUCGACCGGCCAAUUCAGCCUCAAAUUCUCACGUAGCCUUGCCAGGCUCAAACCCUGGCUCUCAUAAAGAGAACUCCGGCUCCCACCUUUUUGCCAACAUAAAGAAUACGUCCAGUAAAGCCGCUGACGGAAUUGGAAGGGCAGGUAAAGGCUUGUUCGGCAAAAUGAAUCGAAGACCAAGUAGUACUGGUAGAGAGGAGGGACGCCAUGAACCAAAGAUCAUAACGCUGCCGUUAAUAGAACAGACACGGAAGACAAGAAUCGCAGCAAGACUUGAAGAUUCUCGAGAUAAGACAGAGUUUUGGAUGCCUGCUCUUCCUUGGCGAUGCAUUGACUAUUUGAAUUUCCGUGGUUGCGAGGAAGAGGGUCUCUACCGUAUUGCUGGAUCUGAGGUCCAAAUCCGGCACUGGCAGAAAAGGUUCGAUGUCGAACAUGAUAUUGACCUCUUUGCCGAACCCGAGUUGUACGAUAUCAACAUCAUUGCAAGUAUUUUGAAAGCUUGGCUCAGAGACCUUCCCGACGAAAUUCUGCCCAAGAGCACUCAAUAUCGAAUCCAAAAGGAGCAUCCCGAUGCAAAGGAAGUCCCGCAAAUGUUGAAGGACGAAUUGUCAAAUCUUCCACCUUGUAACUACUACUUACUCUUCGCCAUCACGUGCCAUCUUAGUCUCUUAACUGCCUACGCCGAGAAAAACAAGAUGAAUUACCACAAUCUUUCUGUCUGCUUUCAGCCAUGUAUGAAAAUGGACCCUUAUUGUUUUCGCUUCCUGGUUGAACAUUGGAGAGACUGUUGGCAAGGUUGCCAUACGGAGAAAGAAGCUCUUGAAGACGAGUACCGAUUGUUAGAUGGCACUAUCUCUAGUGGGGUCAAUAGCUCGAACAGCUCUACGGCUAUUGCUGACGACCGAGACACAACCACACCGCCGAACACUGGAGCACGAAAUCAUCAAAGCAAACCAGCACCUCUUAAUUUUAGGCGGGCUGGUAACGAGGCGCCACCCGCCACGCCUGCUGGUAUCCCUCAGGAAGCCAACGGUCAUAUAAGGACCGCAUCUCAAUUACCAGAAUUAGCGCCUAUGAAACCCUUAUCGCCGCUCACAGGAGAGUUCUCCAAGGCUUCCCCAAAGAAGACCACAUCUACCUCGCAAGGUUGA